AUGUUGUCUGCUAGAUCAAUCUCCAGAAUCCCAAGAACUCGUGGUUUGGCCACAGUCUCUGGUUUAACCAAGGAUUCUAAGGUUCACAUGAACAACCAUGAAGACCACACCUUCAUCAACUACAAGAACAAUGUCAAGAACUUGGAAAUUGUCAGAGGUAGAUUGAACAGACCUUUAACCUACGCUGAAAAGAUCUUGUACUCCCAUUUGGACAAGCCAGAAUCCCAAGAUAUCCAAAGAGGUGUUUCUUACCUUAAGUUGAGACCAGACAGAGUCGCUUGUCAAGAUGCUACCGCUCAAAUGGCCAUCUUGCAAUUCAUGUCUGCUGGUAUGCCAUCUGUUGCUACUCCAGCAACUGUCCACUGUGACCAUUUGAUUCAAGCUCAAAAAUCCGGUCCAGAGGAUUUGGCUAGAGCCAUCUCCUUGAACAAGGAAGUUUACGACUUCUUGGGUUCUGCCUGUGCUAAGUACAACAUUGGUUUCUGGAAGCCAGGUUCCGGUAUUAUCCAUCAAAUCGUCUUGGAAAACUAUGCUUUCCCAGGUGCUUUGCUUAUUGGUACUGAUUCCCACACACCAAAUGCCGGUGGUUUAGGUCAAUUAGCUAUUGGUGUCGGUGGUGCUGAUGCUGUUGAUGUCUUGGCUGGUUUCCCAUGGGAAUUGAAGGCUCCAAAGGUCAUUGGUGUCAAGUUGACCGGUAAGAUGUCUGGUUGGACUUCUCCAAAAGAUAUCAUCUUAAAGUUGGCUGGUAUCACUACCGUUAAGGGUGGUACUGGUGCUAUUGUCGAAUAUUUCGGUGAUGGUGUUGAUACUUUCUCCUGUACCGGUAUGGCUACCAUCUGUAAUAUGGGUGCUGAAAUCGGUGCUACUACCUCUGUUUUCCCAUUCAACGACUCCAUGGUUAAGUACUUGGAAGCAACUGAAAGAUCUGAAAUUGCUGAAUUUGCAAAGCUUUACAAGAAGGAAUACUUAUCUGCUGACGAAGGUGCUGAAUACGAUCAAGUUAUCGAAAUUGACUUGAACACCUUGGAACCACACGUUAACGGUCCAUUCACCCCUGAUCUUGCUACUCCAAUCUCCAAGAUGAAGGAAGUUGCUCCAGCUCAAGGCUGGCCUGUCGACGUCAGAGUCGCCUUGAUUGGUUCUUGUACUAACUCUUCUUACGAAGAUAUGUCCAGAGCUGCUUCUAUUAUCAAGGAUGCUGAAGACCACGGUUUAUCUGCUAAGACUCUAUUCACUGUUACCCCAGGUUCCGAACAAGUUAGAGCUACCAUUGAAAGAGAUGGUUUCUUACAAACUUUCAGAGAUUUCGGUGGUAGUGUCUUGGCUAAUGCCUGUGGUCCAUGUAUUGGUCAAUGGGACAGACAAGAUAUCAAGAAGGGUGACAAGAACACUAUUGUUUCAUCUUUCAACAGAAACUUCACUGCCAGAAAUGAUGGUAACCCAGAAACCCGUGCUUUCGUUGCAUCCCCAGAAAUGGUUGUUGCAUAUGCCAUUGCAGGUGACUUGAGAUUCAACCCAAUCACUGACAAGUUAAAGGAUGCUAACGGAAAGGAAUUCUUGUUGAAGCCACCACAUGGUGAAGGUUUACCAGCUAAGGGUUACGAUGCAGGUGAGAACACCUACCAAGCUCCACCAGCUGACAGAUCAACUGUUGACGUCAAGAUUGCUCCAACCUCUGACAGAUUACAAAAGUUGACUCCAUUCAAGCCAUGGGAUGGUAAGGAUGCUCUUAACAUGCCAAUUUUGAUCAAGGCAUUCGGUAAGACAACCACUGACCAUAUCUCUAUGGCUGGUCCAUGGUUGAAGUACAGAGGUCACUUGCAAAAUAUUUCUAACAACUACAUGAUUGGUGCUAUUAAUAUCGUUAACAAGAAGGCCAACACUAUUCAAAACCACUACAACGGUGCAUGGGGUGGUGUUCCAGACACUGCCGGAUGGUACAGAGACCACGGUCACAAGUGGGUUGUUAUCGGUGAUGAGAACUUCGGUGAAGGUUCUUCCAGAGAACACGCUGCAUUGGAACCAAGAUACUUGGGUGGUUUCGCUAUUAUUACCAAGUCUUUUGCCAGAAUUCACGAAACUAACUUGAAGAAGCAAGGUUUGUUAGCACUGAACUUCAAGGAUGUUAAGGAUUACGACAAGAUCAACCCAGAUGACGAAAUCGACAUUGUUGGCUUGAAGGACUUUGCUCCAGGUAAGGAUCUCACCAUGGUUGUUCAUCCAAAGGAAGGUAAGCCAUGGAACUGUUCUUUGACCCACACAUUCAACCAAGAACAGAUUGAAUGGUUCAAGUCUGGUUCUGCUUUGAACAGAAUGAAGGAAAUUGAAGCUGGCAAAUAA